GAACAGUGAGACAAAAUUCUUUAAUUCUUUUAACCAUCUCUCUCUUCUACAGCCAAACAACAAAAGAGGGAAGGAACUCGGAAAGAGCGAUCCACACUGGUCACUUCAGUCCUCCCCCAAAACUCACCCAUGGAGAUCUCCGAGAAGCUCUUGAAGUUCAAAUUCCACAUCUCGAUCGCCGUCGCUUUCUCCCUUGCGAUCGGCUCCCUCAUCUACGUCGCCCCGCGCUUCCUCGACGUUCUCGCCUAUUUCUGGCCCCUCCUGCUCUCCACCGCCCUGUUUCUAGUCGCCGUCAUCGUAUUCAACAAGGCCACACCGCUGGCGACCGAAGCUCCCUGCGAGAUGGCUGGCGAGGUCCUGCUGGACUUCGUCGCCUGUCCGCCGGAAGUUCUGCAGCAUCCCGCCGGAGAGAGCUCCAAAUCCGAGGACGCUCAACCGGAAGCCGCUGACGAGAGAUCGAAAUCCGAGGAGAACAUGUAACUCUUCAUGGCCGCUAUAUCUAUAUGCUUUCUCUCUCUCCAUCUCUUCCACCCCCCCCCCCCCCAAUCUCUAUAACACUCCUCUAUCUCCCUCGAUUUCUGCUUCGCUAGGGUUUGUAUUUUGUACUUGUUCGUUCGAGGAAUUGAAACAGCCGUGAACUGUAAAUUGCAGGAAUAGUGUAUUUGCUUCCAAUAAUGACGAUUUGAUCCUGGUUUAAUUCAGUUUUUUA